GAUGGCUGCUUCGGCGGCAACGGCGAGUUCUUCCCCCGGUUUGUGUCCAAAUUACGCCGUGAUUUGCUCGUUCCUGGAGAGGUACGGAGCGUUGUUGGACUUACCGGAGCUCACCUUUCCUCAGCUGGAGAGAUAUCUGCAGGACACAUCCUCAGUUCCAAAGCUGCUGGUCGAUCUUCACGUCAAGUUGCUGAGGAAGAUUGGCAAGUCGGUGUCAGCAGACAGAUGGGAGAAAUAUCUUGUGAAGAUAUGUCAAGAGUUCAACACAACAUGGGCAUGGGAACUCGAACAGAAAGGAUACAAGGAGCUGCAGAUGGAGUGCAAGACGGGGAUACUUAAAUAUUUGUGCGAGUGUCAAUUUGAUGAAAAUGUGAAGUUCAAAACUGCCAUCAAUGAGGAGGACCCAGAUAAGAUGCGUCUGCAGCCAAUCGGCCGGGACAAAGACGGUCAGAUGUACUGGUUUCAACUGGACCAGGACGACAAUGUUCGCCUUUAUGUUGAGGAACAGGACGACUUGGACGGCUCGUCAUGGAAGUGCAUCGUCAGAGAUAGAAACGACUUGGCUGAAGUUUUGGCUCUGCUGAAGACACAAAUUGACCCUGCGCUGUUAAAAAAAGAAGAGGAAACAAAACCUGAUGGUGAAGAGAGUAAAGACAAAGCAGAAGAAGGUGAAGUUAAAAAGACUGAGGACACGUCUGAUGAAGAGAACAAAGACACCAACAAGGCUGUCGGUCCAGUCUCACCAAAGACAGAGAAUGAUGAAAAAGAAACACAGAAAGAUGACUUGAAAACAGAAACUUCAGAGGCCAAAUCAUCUCUGAAUGGCAUCAUUGAAGGCAAAGCUGAAGCAGAGCUCAGUUCAGAAAAGCCUGCAGCGGAUCUCAGCAUCAGUACAAAAACCCAGAGCAUCAAAGAAGAGCCAAUGGAUGUGCCGGACAAUAAAACAAGCACAGCAACAAGUGAACCCACCUCCGAGGCACCAUGCUUAUCAUUAAAGGCAGAGAAGGGAGAGGAGGCUAAGAAGAACAGUGCAGAGGAGAUUCAACAAGCUCUGAAGAACGACCAGCAGGCCAAGAUCCCUUUGAAAAAAAGAGGAAUGAAGUUUAGUGAAGACUUUGAAAAAAAUAGCAGCAUCAUAGUGCAAAACCCGUCUGGGCCUCAGGUCAAGGACGCUCCUAAAGGUGACUCGACGCCUGAGCAGACUAAGAAAGUGCAGAGCAUAAAUGAUCAUGUUAAUGGUGAAGUUCAGCCUGUGUCAGAGAAAGGCCUCCAGAGUCACUUGUGCGAGUCACUAAAAGACGCCGCCAUCGAUAAAGAGCGGACAGCUGAAGUAGAUGCAGGUAAAGCUGUAGAAAAGAAAGAAAAAGACUCUCCAUCCACAGACAAGGAGGAUACAAAGGAUAAAAAGGGUGAAGCUUGCAGUGCAGAGAAGGUCUCAGAGAGAGUGACAUCACAACAAGCAGACCCUGCCGAGAAAAAUCUAGGUAAGAAUGUAGAAAAGGAAACAGUGUCAAAAGAGGAAGCACAUGAGCCUCCAAAAGAACCGCCGCCUCUACCUAAAGAUGUUAGUAAGGCAUCUGAGAAGUCGUCUAAUCAUGAAGUGCAUGAUAAAGUAAAAGGAUCAAAACCAGCAGCCACAAAAGACUCUUGUACCGCAGAGAAGACGUUAAAGAAAAAUGGUGAGUCGGAAAAAGUCACAUUCAAAGAAGCUGAAUCAAAAGAUUCGGAGGGAAAACCAGCCUGUGUAGAUACAACAGAAACCAAGACGUCAGAAAACGUAACAGAAAGGAAGCAAACAGAAAUGAGUGAUGCUAAGGAAACUAAAGCAGAGAAUUCAGAUAAAUCGGCCCCGAAAGAAAAGCCAGGAGUCAUCAGAACGUCAUUGUGUGCAGACAAAGAUCCUGCAAAGAAAUCUGUUGACUCUGAAAAGGCUGUAUCAUCAUCUGUCAUUAAAAAGACAGACAUACUAAAAGACAGUGACGAUAAAGAGACCCGAGAAGCCACACGAAAUCCGGAAGUCAGUAAAAAGACCGACAAACUAGUUAUCAGUGAGAAACCAGAAGGAACAUCCAACACUGAAGAGAGCACAGAGUCGUCAGUGAUUAAAAAGCUGGACAAAUCAUGUAAACCUGCAGAGAAUCAGGAUAACAUUAAAGAUUCAGAGAUGAAGCCAGUGGAGGCCAGUGCAGCCUCUGAGACUGACACAGGAAAGACAGAGAGGACGGAGAAGGUGGAAGAGACGGAGAAGACUGAAGAUGCAAAGAAAACUGCUAACUGCGAGGACAGUAUGAUGCGUGAUGUUUCCAAGAUAAGCGACUCCGUGCCCGAGCCCAUGGAGGUAGAAGCAGUGGCUGUUAAACCUGAUCUGACAAAACCACAAGAGGAUGACAAAACUGAGAUUAACUCGGUUGCAAGUAAGACGAUAGAGGAAGCAUCUGAAGGGAAAGAUAAACCACCCAGUGCUGUUGAGAAGACAAAUGUCUCUAAAGAAACAGAUAAAAAAGCUGAAAGACCAGACACAGAACGGGAAAAGGUGUCAGAAGAAAAGCCUAAAAGAACUGAAGCAGAGCAUCCGUCAUCACAAAGUAAAAAGGAUGCCGAGAAGGAGACUAAAAAGGAUGCAGACAAGGAGACUAAAGAGGACACUGAGAACGAAAAUAAAAUGGACACAGGCAAGGUAACUAAAAAGGACGCAAACACAGAAACUAAAAAGGACACAGACAAGGAAAGUAAAAAGGACAUAAACACAGAAACUAAAAAAGACACAGACAAGGAAAGUAAAAAGGACACAAACACAGAAACUAAAAAGGACACAGACAAGGAAACUAAAAAGGACACAAACACAGAAACUAAAAAGGACACGGACAAGGUAACUAAAAAGGACACAAACACAGAAACUAAAAAGGACACGGACAAGGUAACUAAAAAGGACACGGACAAGACAACUAAGAAGGACACAAACACAGAAACUAAAAAGGACACAAACACAGAAACUAAAAAGGACACGGACAAGGCAACUAAGAAGGACACAAACACAGAAACUAAAAAGGACACUGACAAGGAUGAACCUAAAAAUGACAGUGAGAAAUCCUUGUGUCAAGACAAAGAAAAUAAAGAAGAUUCCACAAAAGAGAAACCCUCAAAAACUGUGGAGAAACAUGCUAAUAAAGAAAGCGAACCCUCGACCAAAAUGGACGAAUCUGGUCACCAGAAUGUGAGCAAAGAAACCGACAGCAAAUCCUCAACUGAAGCAGAGAAAGAGGACCACCCAAGCAAAGAGCCAGAUACUGAAAAGCCCGCUGAUGAGGAAAAUAAAAGCAAAAGUGAAGGCGAGGAUUCUGCACCAAAAAAAGAGGUGGCGAACGGCGAGGAAGCUCCAAGGUCCAAGGUUUCCCACAGGAAAAAACUCAAGGCCCCAGUCCACCGAAGGAAAGCUGAGCUCAUGAGAGAGGAGAGACAAGCAGAUUCUGAGUCCGAUUCGAACACGGGGAGAUCUCUUCGAAGAUCACCGAGGAUCUCCAGGCCAACACCAAAGGUGGUGGAGAUCCACGACAGGAAGCUGGAGAAGUCGCAGGCUGCUCCACCGCCUGAGAAGGGCAAGGAGGGCGAGGGGGAGAAAGAAAAAGACGAGGAUGAAGAGGAGGAGGAUGAGGAGGUGAAAGCUGUUCAAAAGAAACCAAGAGAGAAGAAGGCUGAUCAGGAGGGCCAGCCUAAACCUAAGGGGAGAAAGAGACGGAGGGUUCGGUGGUCCAACACACGAACGCGGCGUAAAAAGAAAGGCUCCGAAGAUGACGACGACAACAGCGACGAGGAGUCCAGCGACGACGACGACAGCGAGGAAGAGGACGACAGUGACGAAGACUACAAGGUUGAGCGAAGCAGAAAGAGGCGGAAUCGUAACCGAGAAAGGCGAAGCUCGGACUCCUCGACAUCCUCAGACGACGACCUACCUCCUAAUGAUGACCCCUGCAAACAUUGUGGUCUUCCAAAUCACCCUGAGCUGAUCUUGCUGUGUGAUUCAUGUGACAGCGGGUACCACACAGCCUGUCUGAGGCCUCCCCUCAUGAUCAUCCCCGACGGAGAAUGGUUCUGUCCACCCUGUCAACAUAAGCUGCUCUGUGACAAAUUAGAGGAACAGCUCCAAAAUCUCGACGCUGCUUUGAAAAAGAAGGAACGGGCCGUGAGAAGGAAAGAGCGUCUGAUUUAUGUUGGAAUCAGUGUUGAAAACAUCAUUGAACCCUCGGUGGAGGUAGAGGAAGAGAAGCCAGAGAUCAUCAUCAAAGAGAAGAAAGACACAAAGAGAAGUAAGAGCUGGGGUCGAAGGUCGACGAGGGCGAAGAAAUCCAUCAGCUACAGAUUUGAUGAAUUCGAUGAGGCGAUCGAGGAGGCAAUUGAGGAAGACAUCAAAGAAGCAGAGGGCGGAGGAGCUGGUCGGGGUAAAGACAUGGCCAACAUCACAGGUCACAGAGGAAAGGAUAUGUCCGCCAUCCUUCAAGCAGAGGAGGGCAAGGAGAACGGCCGUCCACCACGACCCCCUGCCGGUCAGCGCAGGAAAAAACGCCGGCGACUCAAUGACCUGGACAGCGACAGCACCGUGGACGAGGAGGAAAGUGAGGAAGAGUUUCGCCUCAGUGAAAGCUCGGAAGAGGAGUUUGUCGUGUCAGAAAAUGACACGGAGGCUGAGUCGGAGGCGGACUCUAACAACAGUGACUUUGGCAGCAACAGCAGCGGUAGGCAUCGUACUAAAUCACGGUACAGGAAGCUGCCGACACGACGACGGAGCUCCAGAAAGAGGCGGAGACCGAGAGGGUACUCGGAUGAUGAGGAAGAUGAGACAGAUGAGGAAGAUGAUGAAGAUGAAAUAGUGACUGAAGGCUCCAGUGAGUACAGUGACAGUGAUCUGGAUAUGAGUCGACGGCGGUCUCGGCGGAGUCAGAAGAAGCAGGUGAACUACUGCGAGACGUCUGAGUCCGAAGGCUCUCAGGCAGAAACCAACCGAGCCAAAAUGAAACCCAGACGUCAGCAGGACAGUUCAGACACCGACGCGAGUUUCUCCAGAGACUCUGAGGAGGAGACGAGGGAUCGGAGGGUGAAGAGAAGAGCUGACUCCUCAGAGGAAGAUUCCCGGCAGCGGCGCAGACGUCUCGCACUAAAACGCAGGAGAGCCUCUGAAGAAGACGACUCCGACGACGACUCUGACGAAUCGUCCGAGGAGGAUCGCCCCGUCCGUAAACGUGUGAACCGCAUAGACUCGGAUGACGACGAAGAUGAGGAGGAGGAGAAACCGAAGGAGAAGAAAGCAGCUGAAAAAACAGACGAGGAGUCAAAGGGAACAAACCCAGUGGACUGCAAUCAGGUGGAGCUGCCACCCACCAACGGACAGAGCCCAAUAAAGAGCCUCGAAGGCCUCGUUGGUCGGCCCGCUUCCGCUGCUCCAGGCCUCACCCCACAUCUGGAGCCACCCAAAAACAUCAGUGCUACACCAGCCGCUGCCAUAGCACCGAACGGACUGGUCGGCCAGGAGAUGGCGGCGCAGGACGAAGACGAAGACGACCUGUUAGGAGUCACAGACCUAGUGGACUACGUCUGCAAUAACGAAGAUUUGUAAAAAAAAAAAAAACAAACAAACAAAAAAAAAAACAAAAAACAAAAACAAAGGUGUACUGUUUCAUUUUUUUGUGGUAUUGUAUUUUUAUAUUGCUUAACUUUAUUAUUCCCUCCCCACCAACACUUCCUUGUCGUCCUUUUUACUUGUGUCAUUCGGACCUCGAGUCUCAGCAGUCUUUGCUACAAUACGAACUGGAUCCCCGUCACCAGUCUGAUGCUGUCCCUGUGGGAUUAUACGACAAACAAGGGCACCAAACCAUCAACACUCAUUUGUCUGGUAUCAAUCAGCUCACCUGCAUCAUCCAGCUCCACUGCCAAACCACCUCCAUCCUCUAAAAAUGUCUCACUCAUUUCACCUCUCAAGUUGUCCUGUUUUUUAUUUUGCUACUUCUAAGAUUUCUGCAAAUUUUAGCUCCUGAUGGGAAAAUGAGCACUGAAAUUGAUGUGUAGGAAAUAGCUGUGUAUUUGACUGCUAAAAGACUGGGACUUUUAACAUUUUUUAAGAGUAAAAUAAGUCAUUCCAUAAGUGAUAUGAAGUUCUGGACAUCUGUUAAAAAUUAUCUUGGUUUUAGAUUUUAUCUCUUAAAGGAACAGUUUUUACAUUUUGGAGAAUAUGCGAUUUUUAUUUGCUUUCAGGCAGAUUUAAAUGAGGUUAUUGAUUCCACUUACGUGUUUGUAUGGCAAAUAUGAUGCAAGUUAGCUUAGCUUGGCCCAAAGACUGAUUUAUUUUGGUAAGCUCUCUAUGUUUCUGAACUAAUCAGGAUCCCCAUCAGUUGCUACCACAGUAACAACUACCCUUUCCAGGGUCCAUAAGCUUAUCCCCCCUACAGGGGAUCCUUUUUCUACUGGUCAAUCAGAGACAGGCCGCUUGUCUGUCUGACUUGCUGUGCUGCCAUUCUGUUCUGUUUUUGAAAACUGAUUUUACCAGUAACGCAUUAACUGUGGACACUCAUUUCUGCCAGUGUGGUGAAACAAAAAAAACGCCUGUAGGUCAUUUAAAUGAAAAACUUUAUCAAGAUAAUGACUUAGUAUCUCAACAAUAAUGACUUUUUUGUUUCUCACAAUAGACUCAGUUUCUCCAGAUAAUGAGAAAUGACCCCACUAACCCAUUAUUUUGAUAAAGUUUCUCAUUAUACUGAGUCACAGUGUCUUUUUUUCCAUUAAACUGGCUGAAAUGGGCCCCUAUACAAAAUCAAUCAUGAUUGGGCUGCAUUUAAAGUCUUUUUUUUCGUCUUUACCAUGUGUGCCAACAGCUGCUAGCUAGAGCCGUAUAUUUAACCAACACAUAUGCAUUGAGACAUGAGAGUGAUGUCAAACGCCCCAUCUGACUCUCCUGAAAGCAAAUAAGUGUAUUUCUCAAAGUGUUGAACUUUUGCUUUAAAUUACUCUGGCCUUUUUACAUAUAUAUAAUUUGUGAAAGCUUCAGAUGAGAGUAUUUAUUCUUGUUGAACAACCUUCUUAACUAAUUACAAAUCGACCAACCUUCAUUUGUCAGCCCACUCCUUGAACUUUUUGUUAAAUGAUAGAGUAGCUUUUGUAUAUUAUAUACAUAUAUAAUUAUUUUAACUAUGUGCGCUGCCAUUAAGUAUCAGUGGUGAACCCCCAGUUGUUGUUUUUUUGAGUAUUAUGUUCGUUUGGGGAAACAAAAUCAGAAGUAAAACUCGUCCCUCCUAAUCAUGAGAUGUAGUCUAGUUUCCUGUUAUUACAUUUGUUACUUUUUUGUGAUUUUGUUUUUUAAUAAUGUAUUUUUUUUUGUAUAUCUAAACUUUUAUUUGUUGUCUCUUUGAGCGAAAUGUAAAGUGUCUUAUUUUCUUUGUACAUUGUCCUUCAUAGAAGGUUCAAAAACCUGCAGACCCGUGGCUUUUAUUAACUAAAGUAACACUAAGCUCCACAACACCCCUCUCUUCUUUUUGUUUUUGUAUUCUACUCCCCUGGAUCUUCCCAUGUUUCCGUUUCACAUUCUCUAUUUUCAUAAUCUUGAGUUGACGUUCGGGUCAAGUUGCAGUAAACUGCAGACUUCUAAGACCUCAAACCAGAUCAAGAUUCUGAAAAAUAAACAACUUAGUGUAAAUUUGUUUUUUGAAGCGAUAGUCAGGAUGCAGUUUUUGAAUGGGGGAAAUGGACAGAAAAAAACAAACAAACCAAUGACUUCACUGACCUCUGCUGGAACCAGUCUGUGUGUAUAUCUGUAGUUUUUUGCUGUAAUAUAUUUAGAGGCAUUUUUUUAAUCAUGGAAAAAUAUAUUGGGCAAUUCUUUGGGAUUGCAUGACUUUCUAAUAGUUUUAUUUUGUAGGGAAGUAAUAUUGGCACAACAGUUUUUGUAACAAAACCAGAAAACUUUGGCAUGUUUUAAGGAUUCUCCUGACCUGUUGCAUUAGUGCUGAAGGACUUGUGAAGUAGCCGCCACAGGAUAUCUUAUCAUUUUUGCAGUGAAACUGCAUAGGUAAGCAUGCGCUGACCUACUAAAGGCAUGUUACAGAAGCUUGGGGGAGAGAUAGGAUUAUCGUAGAAAAUAAUCUAGGACAGGUGAAUUUGAUUUAAGAGAAGAAAUGAAGCCUGUUUGUAAAAUAUUUUGUAAAUUAGUCUCAGCAUGGUCUUCACAGAGGAAAAACCACUCUAUUUAUCAUACCGUUUUGAUACUGGCGAUGGCCAAAACAUGACUUCCAAGACAAAACCUAUAUGUGCUGCUUGCAGUGCACACAACUUGGGCCUCUAUACACAAAUAUUUAGCUUUUAGAUUAGCUGGACAGAAUAUAGAAAACCCAAUUCUACAAAUGUAAUAAUAGAAAGUGUGUGUGUUCUGGUGGGUUGAGUCAGAGUAAAGGAAUGUGGAUGUCUGUGUGCUGUAUGUAACCUGUUUUUAAAUUCUCCACAGAGAUAAGGAGAAUGUAUUAAUACGUAUCUCACGGUUAUGAAAUAACCUGUAGCAAGACCUGCAUGGGAGAGAGGGGAGCGAAAUAAGUAAAGGCUGCGAUGGGAUUAAAGGGGGAAGUCGGUGCCAAUGACUGAAGUGUUAACAGAGUUUCCUAUUUACCUCAUGACGAAUCUGGGAGGAAAGACACCUUGUCCACUGUGUAUAGAUGCUAGUAGACUGGUUUUUGGUGUUUUGUCUGCUCCUUACAUUUUUGUUAACUUUACUGUUAUUUCAUAUGAAUCUGAUCUUGUACAUUUGUCAUAAUAAAAUGGGUUUCAAGCCUCA